GGCUGAAAGUCGUCAUGUGAACUUGAUCUGACUUUCUUGGCAUCUAGUGGGCUACCACAUUAAAUUCGUCCGGACUAACAUACAAAAUUUGUAUAGCCUUGCACAAAUUUAAUGGACAAAGACGCAGCCUGAAAAUGCCCGAGAAACCAGCAUCGAAGUCGCCUCCGAAGCCCUUGACCAACGUUAAGAAAACCAGGCCAGGAGGAACUGGGACCUCGUCGAAUUCCGCCUCCACCAGGAACAGACCUUCGGGAACUGGCGCGACUCGUCCUCCGUUGCCCAACGCACAUGACAGGAUUUGGAAGAUUAUGAAGAUGUGAUAAGCCAAAUUAAUUUUAAUGGGACUCUAAAAUGGAUCAACACUUUUAAAUCAAGAAAUCCUUUCAUUGUAAAAUGAUUUUAAAUAAACGAAAUCUUUGACUUCGACGGCGCUGAAUAAAGCGAUAAAGUCCCAAAAAGGGAAAA